GAAGGCUUGCGCUUGUCACGAACACCCAUCUGAUGGUCCUGUUAUUUGAAUUUUAUUUUAUCGAUCUAUUGGCCGAGCUAGGCCUGUGCUCGUUCAUUUGCUCACAAGCUGUAGAUAUUCAGAUAGCUCGCUACAAAUGUCUUUAUUGUGAAAAAGCAUUUGCCAGACGCGAUGUCUGCCGAAAACACACGGUACACUGUCCUAACAAACACGACCAAGAAACUCUUCCAAAUCUGAAGCGAGGCCAGAAGCCCCGCGCAUGUGACGCCUGCUUCCACAGCAAGCAGUCAUGCGACACGUCUGAUCCCUGUGAGCGAUGCGUCUCUCGAAAGCUCCCCUGCACGUAUCGCAGGCUAGAAGAAGCAACAUCAUCAUCAGUUACCAUUGGCGCAGACUCUGCCCCCUCCUCACUCUCAACUGGUACAACAGUUGGCGUCCCCAACAAUGACAAGGACCGCACCAAGAUCACCGUUGCCUUCCUUUUGGGUCUGACAAACCCGAACUCGGAUAACAUUCUCGAGUUUCUGGCCAACGAGGCGGCCUCCAGAACUGAGGGCGAAGGCACUGAUCCUAACAUGAGACCCACCCCCCCUCAAUAUCCUCCCAGCACGUUGAUCGAUGAAGACUUUACCUUCCUUCCAUAUGGCUUUGCAUCUAGCUUCGCCCCCGAGUUUAUGGACUUCCAGUCCCUGGAAACCCUUUCGACAGACACACUGCCCAGCACUACGGGCUCCCCGUUUGACCCCGAGAGUUGGAGCUCCCGCGCCGCUGAUAUCGUAUCUGAUUUGCAUAAUGUUCAUAACAACCUCAGAGAAAUUGAUCCGUGGUAUGAUGGCUCCUUCAAUCUAGAAACCGCAGAGUCGGUGUUCUCGGCGGAAAAUCUUUGCAACUUUGCAACAACGUACUUCCGAGUCAGCCACCUCGACUUCCCCAUCGUCCACCGGCCGGAUUUUGGCACUGAACGGACCAAUAAGCUCUUGCUCCUGGCCGUUGGACUUUCCGGGUCAUUGAGAUCACCGCCUAGCGAUGACGUUCUCGCUGCUCGCGGUUUCCUGAGUCUUGCCGAGGAAUAUAUAUUUCGCGGCUUGAACAGACUGAUGCCCCCCGGAUCAGCCCCCGAGUUCACCAUUGAGGUUCAAGAGACAUUUCAGGCCGCCCUCAUGAUCCAUUGCGUUCAAUUCUUCAGAAACGAUAUUGCGUCACGCAGAAAGAACCGGACUCAGCGCCUACCGGUCCUCGUCUCUGCCGUGAGGUGUCUGGGGCUGGCUCAGGUCAGGCAUGCGCCGAUCUUUCAGUACGAAGACUUUGUCCUCAACGAGACGAAAAUCAGACUGGCCAUAUGGACGGCACUGGGAGACUGGCAGCAGAGCGGCAUGUUUAACUCUCCGCCGUUGAUGACGCCUGCCGAGUUGACGUGUGACCUUCCAAGCCCACUCGAGCUCUGGGACGCGAAAAACUCGACUGAGUACUUCGAGGCGGCACACGCUCUCGGGCUCGACGGUUCAAGACGGAUAUCUUCGGUCAAACAUUGCAUCGAUGCGCUGAUGCGCGACACUUGGAGCGGCAUAGGCAGCUUUCCCUUCCAGGAUAUCAACGGCCUCGAUUUGCAGGUCUUGAUUUUUGGGAUCAGUGGCAUGGUCCUCUCCGCCAACCUCAUGGGAAUAUUACCCACAAGCGCCCAGGCCCUUCUGCGUGCCGUAUCCAGAUGGGAAACCAUGUGGGAAACCAUCCGGGGCCGCAUGGACCCUGCCGCAUUCGAGAAAAUUGGUAUGAUCCGGUUCAAUAGCGAGCUCUGCUGGGCGGCGAGGAAGAUCGUUCAAGUCGCCAUUUCAGGAGACAAAAGCUCUGCGUACAUGCAGAAGGUCGGACACGAUUCCCUUGUGCAGCUUCAUGAAUUCGUGCGCCAGUACCGCGACAGUUGAAAAAAUCGGGCAUGGUCAGAAUCAGUUGACUGCAAUUAUGGCCGUGGAAGAAGAACUGCAACUUGCAGAAUUAUAGGUUAUUACUCCAAUAACCUUGUAUUGUUAUGAAGGAGGUGGAAACCGUUGCGUGGACUAAAACCUGCUAUAGCCAUUAGCCAACGGUGUGUUGGAUACGUUUCGAUGAUAAUCGACACACACCACCAUUCAC